UAUUCCAGCUGGUAACGGCGCAACCGGUGCCCCCGGCACUGGUCCCGCCUUGGGGCUUUCGGUAUCUAGCUUUGCUGCAUCAAUCAAACCACCACCAUUUGAUGGUUCAAAUUACAAACGUUGGCAAGAGCGGCUUAUACUAUGGUUAACACUAUCGAGAGUGAUCCAUGUGAAAGAGGGUAAGCCUGAACAAUUCUCUCCAGAGGAAGAGAGUGCGUUCAAUGAGGCUGAUAUCCUCUUUCGAGGCUUGAUCAUAAGUGUUCUCGGUGAUAACCUGGUGGAUUCUUAUAUCCGGCUGCCAACUGGCAAAGCAUUGUGGGAUGCUCUUGAGGCUCAAUAUAGAGUAUCUGACGCCGGGAGUGAGUUGUAUAUCAUGGAGCAAUUCCUUGAGUACAGGAUGGUCGAAGACCGUUCUGUAGUGGAACAGGCUCAUGAAAUACAUACUCUGGCAAAAGAUCUCAAAAAUUGCAGCAAAGAGUCCCCAUGUGUGUUACCCAAUAAGUUUGUGGCCGGAGGUAUAAUCUCUAAGCUGCCACCUUCUUGGAGGGACUUCGCUACUUCUCUAAAACACAAGAGACAAGAGUUCACAAUAGAUGGACUCAUAGGGACUCUUGAUGUUGAGGAGAAGGCGAGAGCAAAGGACAUACGUGGGAAAGGAGUUGUUGGUGCUUCAAGUGCCAAUCUUGUUCAAAAGAACAACUCCCACAAAAAUAAGAAAAAGCCACCGCAGAACCAACCAAAGACUAAGAAGACAACCACUUUUAAGAAGAAGAAGAAGACGGGAGCUUGCUAUGUGUGCGGUAGUACGGAUCACUUUGCUGCAAAGUGUCCGAACCGCAAAGGCAACGACUCCGCCAACAUGGUUAUUAGCGAGCCUGGAGGAACAUCGGGGUACGGUAAUUUAUUACCUACUGUUCUUUCAGUCUUUGGUUCACCCGAGUGGUGGGUUGACACUGGUGCUAAUAUUCAUGUUUGUGCUGAUGUUGGUCUAUACCUUAAUGUGUUCCAGGUGGUUUCUUUAAAACAAAUGAGUUGUUUUCUUGAAACAAAGAUGUUGUCCUACAGAACAUCUGAAAGGAACACACCUAUAUGA